CGAGGCAGGCUGGGAUCGCCCCGCGCUCCGGUCCGCCACCUUCCCAUCCUGCCCUCCGCCCGCCUGAAUGGGGCAGAGGCAAGAUGGCGGCGAACGCCAACUCCGCCGGCGGUGGCGGCGUGUCGCUCUUCGAGUGCCCCAGCUGGGCAGGGAAACCGCCACCUGGCUUACAUCUGGAUGUAGUCAAAGGAGACAAACUCAUUGAGAAGCUCAUCAUUGAUGAGAAGAAAUACUAUCUUUUUGGGAGAAACCCUGAUCUGUGUGAUUUUACCAUUGACCACCAGUCUUGCUCUCGGGUCCAUGCUGCAUUGGUCUAUCACAAACAUCUCAAGAGGGUUUUCCUCAUAGAUCUGAACAGCACACAUGGCACAUUCUUGGGUCAUAUCCGUUUGGAACCUCACAAACCCCAACAGAUACCCAUUGACUCCACGGUUUCAUUUGGCGCUUCUACAAGGGCGUAUACUCUGCGAGAGAAGCCUCAGACACUGCCAUCAGCAGUUAAAGGAGAUGAGAAAAUGGGCGGUGAAGAUGAAGAGCUGAAGGGUUUGCUGGGCCUGCCAGAGGAGGAGACAGAACUUGACAACCUGACAGAGUUUAAUACAGCUCACAACAAAAGAAUUUCCACACUAACCAUUGAGGAAGGGAACUUGGAUAUUCAGAGACCAAAGAGAAAACGGAAGAACUCCAGAGUGACAUUCAGUGAUGAUGAUGAAAUCAUCAAUCCGGAGGAUGUGGACCCGUCUGUUGGGCGUUUCAGGAACAUGGUACAGACAGCAGUAGUCCCUGUUAAGAAAAAACGGCUGGAGAAUCCAGGCGCAUUGACCACAGAUGAUUCUUCAUCACGACGUAUGCAAAACUUUCCCUACAGUGGAGGAUUGUACGGUGGUUUACCUCCCACUCACAAUGAGGCAGGUUCCCAGUCGCAUGGCGUCCAUGGGACAGCACUCAUUGGUGGUCUGCCAAUGCCCUACCCCAAUCUUGCCCCAGAUGUGGACUUGACUCCUGUUGUGCCCUCAACAGUUAACAUGAACCCAGCUCCAAACCCUGCUGUCUUUAAUCCUGAAGCUGUGAAUGAACCCAAGAAGAAGAAAUACGCAAAGGAGGCAUGGCCGGGCAAGAAGCCAACCCCCUCCCUCCUGAUCUGAGUUGGGUUUUGUUGAGGGAGGGUGGGAGUUGCAAACUCCAGAAACUGUUUAUGUGCAGUAUCGUCUUUUUAAAAUUUCAAUGUCCUAACCAGAUGUAAUAUCAAGAUUGGAGAAGUGAAAUAUCCUUUAAAGAUCUGUCUUCAAACGUUUUUAUAUGUCUGUUUAAAAGAAAAAAAAAAAUACAGCUCCCAUCUCCUUAUAUAUCUGGCAGCCUUUUCUUAGCCAUUACUGUCCCCGGAGGUCUUUACUCUGAAUUUUGAUCUGUAAGUUGAAGGGACAGAGUCAUACAAUUUAAUUACCGUUUAUGGCAUGACCCUGCAAAUUCGUGUAUUUAGGUGUCGUGCUUACUAUGAGUAAUGUUGCUCCUGAUGGACUUGCUUGUAGCAAGUCAGCUGUAUCACAAGUAAAUGUUUGUGGGGCUUAGCCUUUCAGAAAUCCCAUUGGUAUGACUUCUAAAACUUGCAAAAUAUAGGUCAGCUUUUUUUUUUUUUUUUUUUUUUUUUUUUUACAUUUUCAAAGCCUCACUGAUGUGGGGCAUUAUCUUUUUUGUUUUGUUUUGUUCUAUUUGGCCACAGCUUGUUUUAAUUUCCUGCCUAAAACACUACAGGAUCCCAUGAGAACAUGGAGUUGAGAUGGAAGAGAAGCAGGUGGGCUUCCUUAGCUGUGUUCCGGUACGUUGCCAUGGAGAGCUGUGCGGAUGGAGGAAGGUGUACGGGGGCAUGGAGCUGAGCUUGUGUUGGUGCUAAGGGCAGCAUCCAGGCAUGGCAAGCCUGGGGGCGUUUGGCUGGUGGAUAGGCACUAUCCACACUCUGCAAACUAUAAACAACGUAGCGUUGACUUUCUCCCCUGCAUAACUUAAGGUGGAGUUAACACAGAGGAGAACAGUUUCUUUUAAACUUGGUGGCCCUUUUAAAUAGUUUCAUUUUUAUGUACAAAUGGAACUUGUGAGCUUAGAGCACAUGGGAGAUGCAACAAGACACACAUAAGAACGAGCAGCUGUCAGCAGCGUCAGAGUACUUGUGGUUCCAGUCGUUAAACAUGCAAUCUGCACACUGUUCUGGCUUCUAGGGGGUGAGAAUUGAGCGUGCUUAAAGCUACAAUGUGAAUUCUCAGCAGAGAAUCUGCCUCGCCUCGAAUAAAACAGUGCACAAGUUGGUUUCAUAAUAUUAACAUUUUUUGGCUACUUCAUCACUCUCUCCCAUUGAAAAAUAUGAGAAGCUCAAUUUGAGUUGUUGCUCUAGCCCUUCAAAUCUUUGGGUUUAGAUCUCAAAAUCUGAUUCGCGUGCAUUCAGACGCUGUGCCUUCACUUUAUACAAGGUAAGGCCAGAGCUCUGUUUUCCUUAAGUUUACUCUGGAUUUUUUUUUUUACAUUCUAUAAUGCAGUUCAGCUACGUAGCCACAUUCCUUUGUCGUUUGGGGGAUUUCUCCAGGAAACGUGCACUAAAGUGGUAUACCUGGCUGUUCGUUGUGUACAGCACUGUAGCCACCUGGCCGAGCAGUGUUGUGAGGACGUGAUGGCUGCUGGGGCAGUGCUGUGUCACGGGGCAUCUGGAGCACUGCGCGCACUACACCUGUUUUGGACAGAGGCUCCAAAAUCAGUGUGACUUCUGCAUCUGCAGAGGGAUUGCUUCUAUCAUGUUAUUGAGAUAAAAAUGAGCUACUAGCUACCCCAUUUACAAGAGCAAUGGCUUUAGAGACUGGUUUGUUCCCCUCCCCGCACCAUCGUAUCUAGCUCAGACUAUUACAUGGACGAAUACAGUACCUUCUCCAUGAUGUAGUUGUGCCGCUCUGUGUUUAGUUGUCGUAUUAUUGAAUAUGAUUCAGUCCUCAGACAUUCUGUUUCCGAACACUCCAUGCUGACUCUUAAAAUCUUUCUCCCUUUAUUUUUAGUUUUGCUUCUUCCUGGUAUGUAUAAUUUUCUUUUUUCCAGCCAGUCUGCUUUAUGAAGGCAACUCUUUAGGGUAAGACUAGUUAGGGCAAGUAAAAGUUGAACAGGUUUUCCUCUUCUUUUUUUUCCAUUUUGGGUUUUGUUUUUUUUGAGGGGGUGGAUGGGUGGGUAAUUUCUUUGGUUUUGUUUUUCUGCAAGUGGCUCUUUGCAAGAUUUUUCUUGAAAAGGGAAGCUUUGCUGCUCAUUGGUUUUUAAAGCUCUUCUCCUCCCUGGGUUUGAACAAGCUCUCAUUAUUUUAGAGCUUAAGGGCCAUAGCUGGCCAGUACAGGAGGGGACAGCAUAACAUCUAGGGGCUUUGUACAGAAGUUUGUACACUUGUGUAAUAUGUAAUAGGCCUUUUCACACUUUCUGUUGAGCUUUUUACCUGUAACCUUUACUAUGUUGUAAAUUAAAUGCAGAUUUUGCCAGUUUGG